AAUGAAGGAGGGAUAAAAUCCUGAGCGGUGCCUCAGCAGGCUGGCUUGGGGUGUGGAUCCUCAUUUUAAAAAAAUAAAAAAUAAAUAAAAAAAUAAUAAUGAUUUUAAUCUGAGAGUAUUGUUUUCUUCUGUUUUCGCUGAUACUUCUCGCUGUGUGUACGCGACGUCCAUCUUUUCUCAAUCCGCGCGCUACAUUUUACUUGCAGUAUUUCGUCUCUCAUCAUCUUUAUUGGGAGCGUCCCGGGCUCGGAAAGCUGCGCGAAAAGAGCAGGAACUGGAUUACAGCACGAAGCCCGCUCCGCUCGCGUUGAAAAUGCUCCUGGUGUAAAGAGGAAGGAUGACUUCGGACAAUGAGCAUCACACGUACAGUCCGCUGGGGGACAAGAGGAGUCCCCAGAGCGACGGGGGGUCUGGAAAGUGGACCGUGUUUCUGUUCGUCUUGAGUCUCAUCCUUGGGGCGGAAGUCAUAGUAACUGCUUUUCUUGUUUACCACAUGUCAGCAGAGAUUAAUAAGACGGAAGAGGCUGCCAGACUUGGGAAAUAUCCCUUGCACUGUCUGCAGCAGCUGGUGGAUCCAGACUAUCAGGAAAAUGCAACGCUCAGCUCUGAAGGUCUGGCAAGUUGUGACUUGUGGAUCGAAGAACUGAAGAACACCGCACACAAGCAACUUACCUCUGACAUAAGAAAUACCUUUUACCAGGAAUUAGCAGCCAACAACAUAACUUUGUCUCAUUCCAACAAACCUGUCAUUCACAUGGGGCCUGAGCAGGAACUGAGGCAAUUCCCCGAUCUUAUAAAGAAAGGCGCGGAGGAAAACGGACUAGGAAGAGCGGACAUUCUCCGAUGGGACAACAUUAACGGAGCAGCCAUACAGCAAGGCCUAAUGGGCUACACCACAGAUGGAGAGGUUGUGGUUCCCCGUGCAGGACUCUAUUUCGUGUAUUCCCAAGUUUAUUUUCAGCUGCUGCCCUCGGCCCACGGAAAGCAUUCCCAACAAUUCCUGCAGUAUAUAUAUAGGAAAACCGCCUCGUACCCAGAGCCCCUUUUGCUGACCAAAGCUGCUGUGACCAAGUGCUGGAAUGCCGAAUUGGACUUCCAGCUCUUCUCUAGCCACCAAGGGGCACUCUUUCAGCUACAGCAGGGGGAUAUGCUGUCCCUCCAGGUCCUUGACCUCAAGUCAGUGCGCUUGCAAGAGGAUUCUACAUUUUUUGGAGCGUUUAUGGUUAACUAAAUUGUUGUGACACUGCAGACCUUCAUUUCAUAAAUGUCUCUUUCUUUUGGUAACUUUUUUUUUUUUAAUGCUUUUUAUCUUUUUCCCCCCCCAAAGUAGUGCAAACAGUGUU